GCGAGUGCAAGUGUGCGAUAACAGCAGCAGCGGCUCUGUCUGGAGCUCACACUGUAAAUUACAGAAGCCCCCUCCUCUGGAAGACGGUGUUUCUCCCAUUAUGGGCGACAAGAAAAGCCCAUCCAGGCCAAAAAGACAAGCCAAGCCCUCUGCAGACAACGGAUUUUGGGACUGUAGCGUCUGCACCUUCAAAAACAGUGCAGAGGCAUUCAAAUGCAGUAUAUGUGAUGUGCGGAAAGGUACAUCUACAAGGAAACCUAGGAUAAACUCUCAACUCGUGGCACAGCAGGUCGCUCAGCAGUACGCAGCCCCACCCCCAGCCAAAAAAGAAAGAAGAGAGAGGACCGAUAGAGACCUGCCCGACGACGACCACUUCGACAUGGACAACUCCGAUUCAGACAGACUCAGUGGGCUCCACCCUGACUCCGACCAUCCCGAGAGAUUAGGCCUUGACGGAGGUCAGCCUGACAGAGGACAUUCUCAAAAGGAGCAGCGACAGGAGCACGCGCUGGAGAAACAUCAGCAGAUCGAUGCUGAAAGGAGGCUCGAGAGGCCGGUGCUGACCCAGGACCUGCUUCAGCUCAACAGAACGGACAGAGAGGACACAGACAGAGGAGCGCUGGAGAAACUUCAGCCUCACAGAGAGCAUGUGGAGAAAGAGCAUCCGCACACAGCCGGCUCAGGAUUGCAGCCGGUGGAAAGGAUGGCCGAAGAGAGAGAGGAACACAAGAAAGGAAAGUUAGAAAGAUCAAUGAUGGAUAAACACAAGGAGAGGCACACAAGCCUCACACCUAGUAAAAAGCCCACUGCCAAGAAGAUAAAGCCCAAACUCGCUCAUAAAGUUCCACCCGGUGAAAGUAAUGGCAUAAAAUCUGGCAAGUCGGUGACGAAGAAUAACAAAUCUAUUAUUUCAAGACCUAAACUGAAGAACAUAGACCGAAGCUCUGCCCAGCAGCUCGCUGUAACGGUGGGCAACGUGACGGUCAUCAUCACAGACUUUAAGGAGAAGACUCGCUCGUCCUCCAUCUCCUCAUCCACAGUAACAUCCAGUGCCGGCUCUGAGCAGCAGCACUUGAGCUCCAGCUCGGAGAGCACGGACAAGGGCUCCUCCCGCGCCUCCACCCCUAGAAGAGACCACACAUCAGGGCAUAAUGAGACCCUGUGAAUGCAAGAAGAUUCAGACACCGCAGUCUCUCUUCACCAUGCCCUGAGCUCCUACAUCCACACUUGUAACUGUUAUAGUCACCUUAUGUGGAAGAGGGAUCUUUCCUACCCAUCUAGACAUUGCCCAUCAUGACAUGCAGGCAGACAUUACCUGUUUGAGACCCUCGUGGAGAACCUUGUACAUUGAUGUGUUGAUGUUGACGUGAGUCACGCAAAGACCAACUGUAUAUCCCGUGCCCUGUCCUUACCAGAUAAUAACCCCGUCCGUGCACCACAGAAAUGAGCACUCCCAAGUUUGCAUUAUUAUUGUUCGUUGUCAUUCGAUUGUGCAGACGGCUGUUUUGACUUUGUGUUUAGAAUUUAGAGUCGUUAAUGCUAAAUGUAUCGGAGCUUCUUUCUCCAUCCUCAAACUCAGAGUCGGCGAUCCGUCGCGGCAGGUGUUUGGUAUGAACGAUACGAUCAUGCUAUACCACCUCGCAAAGGGAGAUUUCUUCCCUUAUUAUUUCAUAUGACAAACUCCUGUGCGUUUAAAUGGUGGAAACACAAACUGUGAUCAUAUGAGUUUACAGAAUUAUGAAUACAGGGCCAAUCCAUACAGUGUACCAUGUACGCAUGUAGACAUGUUUUGUGGUUCACAUCACAAGAUGAUAAGAGAGUAUCUAGAAUAUUGUUCUUUCUCGGUUUUUAGACUUCCUUUGCAUAUUUCUUGUAAAAUGAUAUCAGGAUUAUUCGAUUUAAUGGGAACUAAAGAAAGUGUGCAAUGAGAAUCCGGCAGCUGUUGAAAAUAUGAAGUAGUUUAUCUGUGACAUUUUGAAAGAUGAUCAAGAUGGUGAACUGAAAACUGGUCAUCACUCACACAGGACACAAAAAUCACAUUGCAACACUUAGAAUGUUCGAAUAGAUUAAAUGAAAGAUGAGUAGUAUUCUGUACUGCUUAUAGUAGAUAAGAAUUCUGAAAGUUGCAUUUUUAAUAAAUACAUUUGGCACAGGUUUACUCACACUUGUUCUGACCUUUGUUAAAAAUAUAGAAGCUUAUGAAGCUAAUAAAAAUCUUCUUUAACUCAC